AUGCAAGGGAUAGGGAAGGAGUUGGGCUAUGUGUCAAAACAACCACCUAAGCUACCUGGCUACGCGUCGGGUUGGGAAUGGGUUACGUAUCCGGUGGGCUUCAUCCUAAGUCUGCGUGAAGGUAGUUUCUUUGUUUUGACUAUUCUUUCGCUGGUUCUAAAGCUUCAGGCAGAUGGAAAAGAUGUGCAAAUGUUUUGGACAAGAGUUGAACUUAAACAAGCGGAAGUGAGUUUAAAAAAAGCCGAUGUAAAAAAAAAUUCAGUGAAUUCGAUUACAAAUGAUAAUACUAUUGCAACUGUUUCUUCAAGCAGUCAUAAAAAGAUUAAAACAACAAGUAGGCGUUCUAUAGCCACUUCCUCUUCUACACGAUUACAAGACCCUGAUGAAUCUGUAGUAUAUACCGAGAUUUAUGGACACAGUCCGUGUCGGUUUUCAUUUUUUACAAGUUCAGAAAUUUCGUUUGAUGAUUACUUAAAUCAAAGUAGAAUAAAAUCUGGGUGGAAACUGAAAGAUGGUCGACCGAUUGCUGAUAUUAUUAACACUAAAACUGCUGAUGCUGUGAAAUUAAUUUUAGAAAAGGAUAAAAAAGUACAAACGCAAUUUAUAAAGAGUGUUAUCCGAUUGGGUCUUUCCUCGAUUAUCGAUUUAUCUUCUGAGUUUGAAAAUGGAAUGUUUACCUGGUUUGGCCAAGAAUGGGUAGAUAUUAAAAGAAAGGUUUACGAAAUUGUUAAUAUGGAACCACCUAUCUUUGAAGGAGAAAUAAAAAAUAUUAUUGACACUAUGUGUGAGAGGUACAGAUAUCAUGAAGCUCGUGACUAUCUAUAUAAAAUGAGAGCAAGUGACUGUCCUCAAACAGUAGAACAAAUAGCUACGAUAUACUUCUAUGUGAUUGAUGAAUUUUUAAAAAAUCCUUUUAUAUUUGUAGACAAUACAGGCAAAUGUCAGGAACUCAGUGAAAUUGAAUAUGCAAUUACCAUGACAGCACCAAUAAUGAAUACUAUGUUUAGUGACGGAGAGACAUUAUCUAAUGUCAUGCAUGAUCGUCGUCGAAAAAUCGAUUUGAAGAUCAUUCAUAAAACAAAAGGGCUCGGACUAAGUCAUUCGGAAUGUGCAAGGGCUCCUACACCCGCAAAAGUUGUACAUGAUCGUUCAAAAUGUUUACGAACGUUAAAAGGUGUUCUCGACAACUUCUUAAAGGAAGAUUUGUCAAAUGAGGAUGUUCAGGAUUCAAAAAUAUUAGGCAUUCAAUUUUCUGGUCUGAAUGGCCAAAUAAUAGGAAUAGAUCUUCUUGAUGAUGGACUAUACUUCGGUUUAGAGGGGCCAACCUUUAAUUUUCCGGCACAACUUACGGAUAUCAAGUGUCUUCGUAGCACAUGA